CUCCCGGUGCGCUCCGCAGAGGACAGGACGAUGUCCGGGGCUGGGGAUCGAGGCAAAGCCCCGGCGAGAUGGCUGGGCACUGGGCUUUUGGGUGUCUUCCUGCUCCCUGUGGCCCUGUCGCUCGAGGUAUCCGUGGGCAAGGCCACCACCAUCUACGCCGUCAACGGCACGGAGAUCCUGCUGCCCUGCACCUUCUCCAGCUGCUUUGGCUUCGAGAACCUGCGCUUCUGGUGGACCUACAAUGCCAGUGAUUCCUACCGGAAGCUCAUUGAAGGACUUGUGAAGAAUGAGAAGUCAGACCCCAAGGUGAUGCUGAAGGACAAUGACCGCAUCUCCCUGGAGGGCACCACCAAGGAGAAGAUGAACAACAUCUCCAUCCUGCUGCGCAGCCUGGAGUUCAGUGACACGGGCAAGUACACCUGCCACGUGAAGAACCCCAAGGAGAAGGACUUCCAGCACCAGGCCACCAUCUUCCUUCAAGUCGUUGAUAAACUGGAGGAGGUGGAUAACACGGUGACGCUCAUCAUCCUGGCCGUCGUGGGCGGGGUCAUUGGGCUGCUCGUCUUCAUCCUGCUGCUCAAGAAGUUCAUCGCUUUCAUCCUCAAGAAGACCCGGGAGAAGAAGAAGGAGUGCCUGGUGAGUUCCUCCGGGAAUGACAACACAGAAAACGGGCUGCCGGGCUCCAAGGCUGAAGAGAAGCCACCCACCAAAGUGUGA